AUGGAUAUCAACUACUUGAGAUAUGAUAAUUGGCAUACUGAUGGUACAUUUCCAAAAAUAACCUAUUCUCCUAUGUUUGAUGAAAAUACAUUAAGAAGAUCUCUUUUUAAUUUGAGAAUGGAGUUAGGAGAAACCCUGGCUGUGGGUUUCUUUGAUUGCUAACUCAUGAAGAUCUACAGGUAUUACUUCAGAUCGUUGCUAUUUUGGUGGGAUAGGCUAAUUUGGUCUAACUGUACCAGAAUUGUGGAGUUAUCCAGAUAUGUUAGAAGCGGGUAUUGUUAAAUGAGAACUCAUAAGUAUGAAGUUCAUUUUGCUUUAUGGGCUAUUUUAAAGGCUCCUUUCCUUAUCUGUUGUAAUUUCCUAAAUAUGAGUUAAGAUUCUAAGAAGAUAUUAAUAGGUUAUUGA